CUUAGGAUGCUGCUCCGGAUGCUGGUGUUGACAGGCUUGGUGGGGUCAGCACUCCCGCUCCUUCCUCCGCCCCCCUCCGACGCUGUCCUCAAGAAGUACUCGUUUCUUAAGAUAAUGACGGACUGUAUUGGGGAGGCGUCAGUCACGGACUGGAUACAGCAGCUGCGCUCAGCGUGCGUCAAGUGUUACGACGACCCGACCUCCGACAUCGCCCCGGACUUCCACGACAUUUUGGAACAGCUUCGUCUCAACUCAUACCGGCGUCCAAUAUACGUGCCCGUGCCUGUGUACGAGCCUCUCCAGCAGCCCCCGUACGGCCAGCUGCCUCAGUACGGCCAGCCACAGCUGCCCCAGUUCGGCCAGCCACAGCUGCCCCAGUACGGCCAGCCAAAGCCACCUCAGCAGUUCCAGCCCCAAUAUAAUCAGUCCCAGCUGAGCCAGCUGAGCCAGUCCCACUACAAGCAGCCACCCAGGCAUGGUCAGCUGGGUAAACAAAGCCAGUUGCCGCAACCCCAGUACAUCCAGCUGUCGCAACCCAGCCAGCUGCAGCAACAGGACCAGGGCCAGCGGCCGCAGCACAGCCAGGUGGUUAAGCAGGAGCAGCUGCAGUUCCCGCAGGUGCACACGGUACCUCACCCCGUCCAGUACACUCCGUUCCAGUCCCCGAGGCCAAUCAGAUCCAAGCGCGAGGCGGCAAGGAGCACGGAGACCAUCAAGCUGCUGAAGGAGAGACUCACCACCAAGAUCAGCAACAUCACCUGCGUCCUCAGGGAGCUCAAGUUGCUGGGCACCAACAACCUCCCCAACUACGCCUACAUCGGGCAGGAGCUGCUGACUCUGGACAUCGACGACGGCCUCAAGGCGGACCUGGGAGAGGCGCUGGAGACCUGCCGAGACUUCUCCCUCUGUCUUCCUCACCACAAGGCUAAACAUCCCGUCAACAAGGAGCUGGGCACCACCAUGGCCUUCCUCAGGUGUAUGGCCAAGAAGAAGGUGGCGGCGUGCAUGAGGGCCGACUUUUACAAGCAGGCUGAGAAGAUGGGUUGGGAAGACCCCGACGACUCCUUCCUGGUGGGCUCCGACCUCCUGGCCGGCAGCGACGACCCUCACACACUCAUGGACAACAUCCAGAACAUGAUCAUCGUCGGGGCGGAGUUGGAAUUUUAGGUGACCAUUUGACUCAAAAGUUGCUGGGAAGGGUGUGCAUCUUAUGGUAGGGGCGUGGCCCUCUAAGGUGAAGGCGUGGUUCCUCCAAGGUGGGGGCGUGGUUUCUCUAAGGGGGCGUGGUCAGUCAGCGGGUGAACAAUAUAUAUGCCAGAAGGGACGAGGUCUGGAGACACUACACAGAAUUAGCUCGUGUUAAAAUCACUGAACAUUACAGUCAUGGGGUCAAGUGCAGAGACGGCUGACAGGAGACGUGUUGGCGCUAGUGGAGCUGAGCAGCUGUGACUUAACAACCAAUAUGUAUAUAUGUGUGUGUAUAUAUACAUUACCUAUAUAUAUAUAUAUGUGUGUGUGUGUGUGUGUGUGUGUGUGUGUGUGUGUGUGUGUGUGUGUGUGUGUGUGUGUGUGUGAGCAAACAAAGAUCAAGAGCACUGAACUCAAUUAAUACAAAUGGACCACAUUAAAAACGAGAAGAUCAACUGAACGCUUCUAUUAUUUACAUAAUCAUUGUGAGAGUCGGACUUUGACAAUGAUCAUGUAAAGAACCAAAAGCGCUCAGUGGAACUUCUUGAUCUGUUGGUAGCAGUCUUUCUUGUAGAUGUGUUAAUAAAUAUGAGAGAGUGAGUGAGAGGAAUGAUUGUAGUCUUCUAAUCUAAAUCUAAACGAAUCUUCUCUGUAUUUCAUGUUUUUCUUCACCUAAGAAGGAAGCUGAUAGGUUAACUCUCCAACAUUGUGUUUCGUUGAUCUGGUCAACAUCUUCAAAGUGGAUACAAUUUAGCUGAAGCAAGCGAAUAUAUAACCGAGAUCGAGGUCAUAUAAUUAGAAAGCAAUGCUGAACCGCUGUUCUCCCACACGCCACUGGGGGUCUCUCUCAUGACCAUUUUGUUUAGCUGUUGACCAAUAUAUUAUACCUGGAUUCUAUUAUAUGGUUCGCCUGUUGAAAGAUGAUGUAACUGGUGUAUCUUAGCGUGUAGAGACCGACUCAUCUUGCUGUGUAGCGAUCAUGGGCGGCCUUGGUCGUACCGCAUAAACAACACUCUUUAUAACUCUAAAAAUGCUAAAAACUUAAUAAAAUUAAAUAAAAUCCUAA